GAGGUCGAAGGAAGAACGAGAGAGCCAAAAGCCACAGGAGAGGAAGGAAUGUAAUGUUACAAAGGUGACAGAUCCAUUCUUGAACACAAUUUCAAUUCGCGUUGAAAACGCGGACGGAGGUUAGCCUCGCUGGUCAUCGGCCACGUCUAUCUCUUACAUCGCUACAUGUCUACGAACUGCCAUAGGUAAACGCCACGUCUAUGUCACGUACUCGCGCACGCCGGUAGCGACAAGAGCGCGCGUGUCACCACUGUCAGUAUCCGCAAUCCCGUAGACCCCGUUCCUGAGGACGCCGAAGAUGUCUCGUACUCGCGCGGGCGCGUUGAUAUGCGUCCUCGCGCUCUGUGCGUACACUCUAGUGCACGCCACCGACCUCGUGGACCCGGACCUGGUUGUCAGAAAUGUCGAGCGGCACAUCGAUUUGCAAUCCCAGCUGACCAAAAUCACCACUCGCGUGAUCCUGGACAACAACAGCAAGGAUCGCGCCAUCCAGCGCUUCCUCUUCUGCCUGGACGGCGCGCAGAGGAAGUCCCUCAGUUACAUAGCUGCACACGUGGAACCCGGUAAACUGGAGCUCAAGGUUACGCCGAUCAAGACGGCCGAGGUCGACAAGGCCUUCUACUCCAUCGAGCUGGCCAGUCAUCUGGCACCUCGUCGCACUCUCACCAUAGAGGUGGAGACGAUCCUCACUCACGAGCUGGUACCGCAUCCUAAGCAGAUCGCCCAACAGGAGAAACAGCUGGUCAAGUACACGGGAAAUGCGUACGCCUAUUUGCCUUAUGCCGUAACUAAACAGACGACUUACGUGGCGUUGCCGUCUCGCAACAUUGAGAGCUACACCAAGAUCAAACCUGUCUCCCAGACUGGCUCGGCGAUAGCUUAUGGACCGUUCGAGAAGCAACCGCCUUUCGCCUACGAGGAGUUGGUGGUGCACUUUGAGAAUAACAACAAGUUCCUUACGGUGACCAAGCUCGAGAGAACCAUCGAGCUCUCUCAUUGGGGUAAUAUAGCUGUCGAGGAGCACAUUGAUCUCUUGCACACCGGUGCUUUGUUGAAGGGUUCCUUCUCUCGUUACGAGUACGCUCGUGAAUCCAAGUCCGGACAGGCCAGCAUCCAGAGCUUCGACACUAUCCUCCCGGCGGCUGCUUCUGACAUCUAUUACAGGGACGAGAUCGGUAACAUCUCCACGUCGCACACUCGCAUCAAGAAGGACUCGGUAGAGUUGAAUCUGCGGCCGAGAUUUCCGCUGUUUGGAGGCUGGAAGACUCGCUACACGAUCGGGUACAGCGUGCCCAGUUACGAGUAUCUGUUUCAUUCCGGAGACGACUACACCCUGGAGAUGAGACUGGUGGAUCACAUCUUCGACGACAUGAUCGUGGACGAAAUAAUCCUCAAGAUCAUUCUGCCGGAGGGGGCGCACAGUAUACAGCUCGAGUUACCGUAUCCCGCGACUCGCUUGACAGAUUCUUUGCACUACACGUACCUCGACGUCAUUGGACGUCCGGUGGUGUCCGUGACUGGAAAGAAUCUGGUGGAGAAUCAUAUCCAGAGUUUCAGGUUGAAGUAUACAUUCCCGCGUCUGCUGAUGCUGCGGGAGCCGCUGCUGGUCGUGGGCGCGUUGUGUCUAUUGUUUCUGUUAGUCAUAAUAUACGUCAGACUGGACUUCUCCAUCGACAAGGACGAGAUUUCGGAGAGCAAACUGAGGAUCGCCGGGCAAUGCGAGAAGAUACUGGCCGCGCAGGAUCGUCGAGUCACGUCCUACAACGAGCUGGACGAUCAGCUGGCCUACCUAAAGACGAACAAGGACGCCAACGCGUUCCUGGCUGCGGUGAAGGGCAUCAAUCAGGAGUACAAGGCAGCCACUGGGGCGCUCAACGAGAUCGCGCAGAAGCUGAAGGGCGAAUCCGGCGACGUGUACGAUCGCGUGCAGGAGCUGCAAAAGUGCGAUCGUUCUCUGAAGGAGCUCUACAACCAGCAGCAGGCGUUGUACGUCGAUAAGCUGGUCCCGGGGAAGAUCGGUCGCCAGCAGUUCGUCGAGGCGGAGGCGGCGAUCGCCAAGAAGAAGGAGGACUGCGUCGAGAAGAUCAACGCGAUUGUCAAGUCGCUCCAGUAAUUGCAUUCCGCGAACGAACUUGAGAAUAACUUGAUGGUGUAUUUUUGCAAUACGUACAGUAAUACAAAUCUCUGUCGCAUCUGUUAAUAUUCCAUUCGCGAGAAUGUAAACGAAGGAUUCCACGAGUUUACAGACGCAUCGAGUCAGAAGAAGAAAGGAAAAAAAACUCUUAUAUCUCUCUGUACCGUAAAUUUAAGAUUUGUAAUAAAUACGUGUAGGAAAAGACGGUUUUGUUUAGGCCUUCUCUAUAAGACUGUUGUACCUAAAUAAAAGAAUUUGUUGAUAACA